UAAUCACCUCCAUCCCCUAUACACACCCCCAAUGGAGAUGUCACGUGAUCAUAGCAAACGRGCUGAUCAACAAACMAGAACCAUCAUGGACGCCGGACUAAAGAGGAAACAUUUCGAAAUGGAAGAUGAAUUCGGGAAAAGAAAGAAAAAUGAUAUUGAGAACGAUUCACCAAAAUCUACUAUUGUAUUUACACUCGAUGAAGAAGUUGGAGCGUUGGCAAGAGCUCUGAAACUUUUCGAAGAGUAUCAGGUGAAUAUGACCCAUAUCGAGUCACGUCCAAACAAGACAUCAAAGACAAAAUAUGACUUCUUUGUGGACUGUCAAGAUCUGAAGGGAAAUAAACUGACCCUGUUUAUUGAUGCUUUGAAAGAGAAGUCAACAAGUCUUACUUUACUGUCUGAUGACCAAGGAACAGACUCAGUGACAACGCUCAGAGAUGUGCCAUGGUUUCCUCAUACCAUUUCKGACAUUGAUAAAUUUGCYAAUCGAGUGCUCAGCUAUGGUKCUGAAUUGGAUUCUGACCAUCCAGGAUUCACUGAUUCAGUUUACAGGAAAAGAAGGAAAGAAUUUGCUGACAUUGCAUUCAACUACAAACAAAUGCACAGGAUUCACGUUGCGCCCUGUAGCAGGACUUCUUUCAUCACGUGAUUUCCUGGCAGGACUGGCCUUCCGUGUUUUCCACAGCACACAAUACAUUCGACAUGGGUCCAAACCAAUGUACACCCCUGAACCUGAUAUUGUCCAUGAGUUGAUAGGACAUGUUCCUCUUUUUGCUGAUCCAGAUUUCGCACAGUUUUCUCAGGAAAUAGGCCUUGCUUCCCUUGGAGCACCUGAUGAUUGGGUUGAAAAGCUUGCAACACUUUACUGGUUCACAAUUGAGUUUGGUCUUUGCAAGCAAGAUGGCCAAAUCAAGGCUUAUGGAGCUGGUUUGCUUUCUUCAUUUGGCGAACUACAAUACUGUUUGACUGACAAACCAGAAAAAAAGCCUCUGGACCCUGAGAAGACUAGCGUCCAGUCCUACCCAAUCACGAGCUAUCAGCCAAUUUAYUUUGUUGCUGAGAGUUUUAAAUCUGCUCGCGAAAAAGUCAGGCUCAGAUUCCCAGACCUUUCAAUGUUCGUUACAAUCCUUACACACAGACUGUCGAAGUAAUUGAGUCAAAAGAACAACUUGUGAAGCUGGCAAACGACAUCAAGUCCGACCUGUCAACUUUGGUUGAUUCUAUGAACAAAAUGGAAUAGGAUGGAACAUGAUGAGAUCUGCAAUAAUUAAGCCUUGUCGCUAAGGAUACUAGUAUAACUUAGUAUUAAGAGUAAAAUAUCAAAAUUAAGGGAUAAAGUUUCUUGAUAUGAUAACUUUUUAUCGUUUUGGUUAAAGGAAGAAGAGCGGGUUUGUUCAUUUAUUUWUCAUUUCAKUURUUAUUAUUUGUUUUGUUUUGUUAAUUGUUGAGGUAGUUUUAUUUUAUUUUAUUUCAAUUUAUUUCUUUACAUUUUAUUUUACUUAUCUAUUUUCUUCCUUUUUCAAACGUUUUGUAAGGGCUGACGCUUGACACGUUUUUUUAUUCAAGUCAGGCAAUUGAAKCCUUUAAAAUAGAUAGACUGUCCAAUAUAUUUAUAGAAAUAACCUCGGUACAGUGCUGUGGCAUCCAURAAUUUAAGAACGGUAAAUUUGUAAGCUGGAGUCAACUGUAUGUAAGCAUACUAGCCUUACUCUCAUAUUUUUUUSUAAUACUACAAACAGUCAUGUUAUGCAGUAAUGAACAUGUAGUAUGUAAAUGGUAAAAUAAAAUGUUAUUUCCUAUCUUU